AUGCAGGAAAGGCAAAAGGAGACACUACAUGAUACGCGUCCCGACUCGUGUUCCAACUGCAAACGGUACAAGAAGAGCUGUACAUUUGAUUGGCUUUCGUCGAGGAAAGCCAAGCGGCUGCAGCAUCGGAGACGAACAUGUACCACGAACACAUUUCCCGAAACUCCCAUCACCGGUCAUGGUACUUCUCUGUACGAGGGCACGUCUUCAUCGGAUAGGCACCAUCUAAACGAGAUCGACAACCCCCUCGAUCCUAGCACUGGUGCUGAAUCGUGUCUUAGGUCAUCUCGACAAGAUGAAUUAUUGCUCCAGACCACCGAGCCUUCGACCAGCAUUGAGGACCAAGUUGGUUCUACAGGUGAAGACUCAAUGUCUGUGCCAACUCAGAUUUUGCAAACACCUUUGGAACCAACAGAUACCCUGGACUUCAUCAAUAGUCCCUCUUUGAAUGACGCUACGCAUCCCCUCCGACGACCCGAACCGAAUAGCAUCUCGAAUACAUGUCUUCUCUCUAGGCAUUCCGAACUCUCGAAAACACGGACAUACCAAUCAACAUACCAGCAUGCUCUCCUUGCAAACUUAUCAGACCAAACCGCAAACGAACAUCUUCGCUCGACCGUGACCCAGAACCUCGUUCGCAUUUACCACGACAGCAUGGAGAAUGCACUCUCAUGUUGGCUGACUGAACGAAAUUGCCCCUACAGCCAGGGAAGGCCAGACAGAGCAGAAUGGGGCCCGACCUGGUCAAAUAGGAUAUGUGUUCGAGUUUGUCGGCUUGACAAUGCCGCGACGUCUAUCAGAGGCCGUUCCCUAAGUGCGGCAGAGGACAAGGCAGCAGCUCGCGUCCUACAUUUGUCAAUAAUGGCAUUCGCUUCGCAAUGGUCGCAAAAUUUCCCGAAAAGUAGUGACAUCCCCUUCUCUUCUCUUGCUGCAGAUGAAAGGUCCUUUCAGGAAAGACUUUGGAGUGAUGCUAGGCAUGCUCUAGAGACAUCGGCCGGGGUGCCGUCAUUCCGUGUUGUCUUUGCCAACAUUCUAUUUUCUUUGACCCAGCGACCCUGUAAAGAUGAUGAGGACAUCGGACUGGAUGAGCUUCUGGAAAAUGACUGUGCCCAUACAUUUCUCGAGAGUGCUGUCCGACAGAUGUUCAGCUUCCGAUACAAAUUUGCCCAGACCCGACCUGCUGCGAGGCGAAGCGGUGCUGUCUUCGGAAAUAGCCAAGAAGCAUCAGGCAUCUCCGAUACCGAUGACUUCUCUAGUAUCGAAAACCGCGAUACAUUUGACCUCCUCUUCUGGCUAGGUGUGAUGUUUGAUACCCAAAUCGCCGCCAUGCAUCAACGGCCCCCGGUCGUAUCUGACGAAGAUAGCCAAAAGACGAUCGGUCCUCGUCCGAGAACGUCAGCUCUCCUUCAUGCAGGAAACGUCCUUGAUCUCGAUGGAUUUAAUCUCUUCGCGCCGAGACCGCGUGGAAAAUCACAGGACCUGUGGGGUGAUUUUCUACUUCACAGACCAUCUGAACACCAAAAAAAGAAUUCGCCCGUGCCCACAUGGCCAUGCUCUCACGAACAAGCAGCAGAAAUCCUUUCAGAUGGAGCACCCGUCAAGGUCCUGCUCUGGCGCCGUGUCACUCAGCUCCAGACACUUACAUAUCGAGAAGCGGAGCCCGAGGCCAUCGAAGAAGGGAUUCAUAAAGCGCUUCUGGUAUAUCGACACUGGAACACCACAUACAACGAGUUCAUCCUCAGUUGUGUCUCAAGCCAUGCAAAGCUUCCCCCACGCAUUCAGUCGUGGUAUGUUGUGCUUGCUGCACAUUGGCAUCUGGGCGCAAUGAUCCUGGCAGAUGUGAUAGAAAGUAUCGACCAGUCACAAUUCAGUCAGGAAUCCCAACGAGACUCACGACAAGCAAUCGAUCUCGUCCAGACAAUGAGAAGAGACAAUGCAUCCGCGGUCGCGACACUUGCUCAAUGCUCAUUGCGUGAAAAGAUCUCAGCGAAACAUCGGUUCCACGAUUCGCUCAGUCAUACUGCAUUCCUAACGGAACCCUUUACUCUCCUUCUCGUACAUUCCUUCGCCAAGUCUGGAUAUAUCAUGUUGGAUAAUCUUGUCGUCUCAUCUGAUCCGGUCUAUUGCAGCCCUGCCAGGUCACAGGAUUAUUUCCGCCAAGGCUGUGAGAUCAGCAUUCGUGCACUACAGUGUCUCGGGAGAAAAUCGGAUUUGGCGUCUGUCGUGGGCCGAGGCUUAUCCAGACGAUUGGACAUGAAGGUUGAGCCAAGCUCCCCCGAGGAGCAACUUCUUGGUUCGGAGAAUUUUGGAGGACUUAGUGAUUUUUGCUGGGUUGAUGCUAGCGGUCCAGGAUUUGACACCAGUCAUUUUUCCUCGAUGAAUAGUUUCGAUGAAAUCGAGUUGUAG